AAAGUAUACCGUUCACAUUAAUGCUUACUCUAUAAUGAGUCUACCGACUACCACUAGACUAGCACCUGCUGCCUCGUCCACUCCAAGUUCGUCGACGCCGACAUCGAACUCGUCUCCGAACAAACCCAAUAUCCAUUCAAAAUUGAAUCAACUACCUUCAAAGCAUAACUUAUUCGAAUCUAGACCAAAUUGGUCCCCUAAGAAGCCAACUGGGAUAAAUGAAAACUGGUAUGAUAAUGAUAUUAGAAACAAGCAUACGGAUGAUCUGGAGAAUGAAGAAGAAUAUACAAAUUUCGAUCUAGCAGCAGCUUCCACUCCUUUGAAUCAAAAUUUACAAAAUUCAAAUAACUCAAAUAGCUCAAUUUGCUUCUCGUCCCCCAUAAAUAAAUUGAAUAAUUUACAUUUGGAAUCUAAUAUAGAAGAUACAUUACAGAAAACCAAUUCAAACAUAUCAACUUCUUCAAAUUCAGAUUAUCAAAGCUUAUCUGAUAGUGAUAACGAAUUCAACUUAGGUAAUCAGACAUUUCAUGAUGAUAACGGUGACGAUGAUGAAAUUUUCGGUGACAUUGAGUAUAAAGAUGAUAUGAAGCCCUCUGUGAAUAAUCGGAAACGGAAAAGAAGAGUAAAUGAUACUUCAAAUAACUCAGUUGAUAUGAUUAUAACUCCAAAAAUCAGUAAUAGUAAUAAUAAUAGAGAUAUGUCUGAUAUAUGUUUUUCAAAUAUAAGCUCAAUAUCAAAAGUUAGCUUCUCGAUAAAUGAUUCAACUCCCUGUCCUAUUCAACCAAGGAAAAGGCUAAAAUUCAAGAAAAAUUUUAAUGAUUUAACCCCUUCCCAACCUUCUAAAAUUGCAAAUAAUAAGAAAAAUCUAUUAAACAUAUCAAAUUCAAUUAAGAAAUCGUCAAAUUCUUCUUUAAUAUUGAAAUUGAAUAAUAUAAAUGAUCAAUCACCUUCCGAAAUCAACGCUUCUUCUCCAAUAAAUAAUACCAUUUUCUCUAAUGUCCAACAUAACACCCCUAUAAGCCAAUCCACUCCUUCAAAUUCAAGAUCUACAAGCCCCCAUAUUUUAGAAGAAUAUGGCGAACCAAUAAACGGGUUCAAGUUUUUAAAACCUACUGGUAUUAAAACCAAUCCCUAUUUCAAUUACCAGACUCCAGUCCCUUCUAAAAAAUCUAGAUCUGAUUUUUUAAAACAAAACUUAUCUUCAAAUAAUGACUUGGGUGAUGAUUUCCCAACGAAUUUAAUGGAAAAUGAUGAUGAUUUACACAUUGCUGAUAAAAGAAUUAAUGAUCCUUACUUACAAACACCCAAUAAUGAUUCACCUAUUAAAAUGGCAACUACUCCAACUAGUCAAUAUGAACUAAAUAAAAAGAUCAAAUUAGAUUACCUCAAUCUGACCCCUUCGAAACUACCUUUAUUACAAUCUUUUGAAUCCUACAAUUUAUCAGAAUCAGAUAUUUUAACCUUAAUUAAUGAUAAGGUUUCAGUCUUAAAUUUUUAUAAAUUCAUUAUUAUUAACGAAUCAUUGGAAAUUGAAGCCGAUUUUAAAUCAGAGUUAUUGAAUUUAUUAAAACUAGAAAGAUUAAAAUGGCAUCCCGAUAAAUGGAUUGGUAAAUAUAAUGAUGAACUUGGAUUAUCGAAUUUGUCUUGA